AUGUCCCACGUCCCACCAACCCAGUCCAUUCCCAAACCAGAGGAACCUAAAGAACCACAACAGUCUCCUCAGCAACCUCAGUUCCAGCAAGUACCUCCGAAUUUCUACCAAUUUCCACCUCAAGGUUACUACCCACCACAAGGCUUCCCGAACUACCCUCCUCAGCCUAUGCCUUACUUCCCCAACCCAUGGAUGUUCCAGCAAGCUCCACCCCAGCAAUUCCAAUCUCAAUCCAAAUCGAAGAGAGACCAAGAGUUCGAAGAAGGUCUGAACCGUUUACGCAAAGAGUAUGCCACAGCUCCAAUUGAGAGAAAGUUGUUCCCGAACCAAAAAUAUAAUUUAUGUUAA